UAAUCUAGAUCUUUAGAAUGAGACGAGGUCUGCAUCAUUACGAAUAAAGACCUAUUUGCAAAAGACGAAAGCAGCAACGUCAACAACUACAGAGUAAUUAUAURCUAUAUAUCUUCGAGCAAAUUUUAUAAGCUUAAAAAAAUCAGCUUUUUUCUUUUGGAACCGGGUACCUACUUUAAUGCGAUUUUGCAAAACGUCACGGGAUAUAUUAAUACGUCCCUAUGUGAUUUGCUUGCCGCUUAUUGCCACAGGUCGGGUCAUGCGUCUUGUAAAACUAAUAUUGUUUACAUUCCACGGGCCAGUUGGCUUCCUAGAAAGUAACAGAACCCAAUAUACUUAGAAACAUUCAACAUCGAACCAGCGCACUGGCACCAYGCUCAUAGUUUUAUCAUUUUCUAACGAUCAUUUUAAUCCUUAAAUAUUUCUCUACAAUUUUCAGACUAAUUGUUAAAGUUUAUAAUGAGUUUUACUAGGGUUACGCCAAAGRAAAGUCCUAGCAAACGACAAAACCUGACAACAGGAUGCAACUUUCCAUUAAGAACACGUUUGGUAGUAAAGUCUCACUAUCAAAACGAUUUAGCACUUGAGUCAGGGCGAGAAACAGCAGACACAUCACAGUAUCAACACCACCUUAACGUGGAUGGCCUCUGUCAAAAUACAAUAGAAAACCUUGGCAAMAGUACUGUUGAAGAAGAGAAGAUGGAAGGAAGGCAGCGUCGAGUUUUGUCAUGUUCUGCGGUGUUAAUGUUUGUGGUGUUUGUAGUUUCUCUCAUCUCSUUGGUUCUUACGCUCCUAAUGUUAACUGGUAAUGUUAACCCAAGAUGUAGCUGUGCCUCCGUCAAAGAUCGCAGCAAACCAAUUCGAACUACURAUUUCAGUCUUUCACAAGGCAAGCAGGAAGCUAAAACCGACUUCCAAAAAUGGUURAUAGAUGUACUUCGUAACAUUACAGAAAAGAUGGAUUACCAAUCAGGUGAUUUUCACAAACUGAAAGUCGAUUUCAAUAUGAUGAAUAAAAACCGGAAAAAAAACGAAAAGAAGCUUCAAGAGUCAGUAAACGAAACRAAGAAUGAAUUGGAUUCAAAGAUUAGAAUGAUGAAAGCAGCAAUAACUCAUAUGAAUACAACUUCAGUAGAAAUGAACGAGGCAAUAGACAAGCUCAGGCAAGACCUUGGCGAUACUGAAAAAAGGUUAAAAUUUAAGACUCUUGACGUUUCUGUGUUAUAUGAGAACCUGACGAGACUACACAACGAAUCAAAACAGGACUAUAAAACAAACUAUAUUCAAAUUCAAAAGAAGCUAGAAAAGAUGAAUUCUAAAGUUUACAAAUUACAGACAAAAUUGAAUGUAACAAUCAAAGCAUUCCACGAAACUACCACCAGACAAAAAGAACAACUUGAAAAAGUGAACAAAACCACGAACUAUAAGCUUAAUUUGACGAAGGAUGAAAUCAACUCGUCAUUGGGAGAGAUUUCAUCUGAUUUAUUGGAAAUGAAAACGYAUCUCACCCAACAGGUGAAUGAUACAAAGAGAAGCAUAGAAGCUUCACGCAGUAUGCUGCACAACUCCAUCAAGGAUCUCAAUGAAACUUUGCUAAACAAGAUUAAGAAUAUGACGAAAAGCCCCAUAAAUCCAAUCACARGGUACAUUGGAUCAAGUGGUCUAUCAGGAGUGAAAGGACCGCCAGCAAAUUUUAGCCAAUGUCAGUACAAGGUGCUAGCUUCCCAAGGAAUURCCAACGAUGGUUCGGGAGGUGCAAUAGAGGUAGACGUUUCACUACUAGAACCCAAGGGAAAAAGGAUUGUUGGUUCAACGUGUUCAACAAAUGGAGCGGCGGAAUAUAAUUUCGGUAAACUAAACACCACUGGUAAUAUCCUAUAUAGGUGCAUCUGUAAAGGAGUGUCAACUCUAUUCACCCCUACGGGGAAUAAAAUCUAUUGUUACAUGCAUUACUGGGAAUGUCCAUUUGGGGAUUGAAUUUUGACAUAGAACGCUUUCUAUUAAGCGAACCAAUCGGUUCCAGCGGUUYGUUCUUAAAUGGCACCAUAGUUAAUGUUUUUUUCCACUUUCAUAAUGUUCGAACAUGAAAAUAAUAAGGAAAUCAGUAUUUUCAGCUAUACUUGCUUUGGUUCGUUGUGCGCGGUCAGUAUCACGUGAUGGUAAGGUUCAACCUCAAAAGCAAAACAAUACCUUUAUUCAAUUGAGUUUCCAAACCAUUCCACGGCCAUUAACUAUGWUGGCACGCGCGUCAGUUCUUAGACCUAGACCAACUUGGAAAAGCAGUUUUAAACCCUGACGCGUACUAUUUGAGAACUGGCUGCUGGGACUGAUCGGUUCAAUGAUGCAAACAAUUUGUUAACUAAUGGUAGCUGGAAAAUGGGCCAUAAUAUCUUUUAUUGGGCAAUUGCAUAUAUGGCCAUAGAAAAACAAAACCUGAAACACAAAUGCAAAUGCAAACUACAAUUAUUAGAAGUAUUUUGACACUGAUCUACUUAAAUAGGUGAGCUGUUACAAAUWCAUCAAUUACAAAGGUUAGGAAUUUAUUACGACCUUUUUUAAGUCAUUCKUCUUUUUUUGAUUGUCUAUAAAUGAGGCAUUUGUUUACCACAAUCAGAUUAUUUUUUGGCUACUUUCUAAGGGCGGAUCAAGGAAUUUUAGGAAGGGUUGCACAAUUAUGAUUAUAAGGACGUACAAAAACUUAAGUAUAUAUGAAUAGACCGUUUUCUCAAAGUUGCGUGUGCAUCCAAUUUUAAGGAACUUGACGGCCCACGAUACUAGAACACGAGUAUUAUCAUGCAUUGCUUUGAUAUUUUUUUUUUUCGAAAUGAAUUCAUAAAAACAAUUAUUCUCCUCUUUAAAUAUAAAACUGUUGGAUGCGCACGCAACCUCGAAAAAACGGUCUGUAGAUACGCCACUGCUUUCUUACUACAAUCAAUUAGUGAAUGUUCACAUUAUUACAUCAAAAAAGAUGAAACCUCACUAUAAAUAUAGAUUAUGAGCCAAAAGCCAGGUUUUCUGCACUUCUAGGCAAAGCCAAAACUAGAAAUAUUUUUUUAAAUAAACAACGACCUGGACCAUUGUCCCGAAUAAAGAAAGUAACACCAAAA